CCCUACCUCCUCCCCACUCCAGAAAACCCAUCUCACCUUCUCUUCAUCACACCAUGGGAAGCAACCAAGCCGCCGUGUCCUUCCUCACCAACCUCGCACGCGCCGCCUUCGGCCUCGGCGCCGGCGCCACAAUCGUCAACUCCGCCCUCUACACCGUCGACGGCGGCCAGCGCGCCGUCCUCUUCGACCGUUUCCGCGGCGUCAUCGACGAAACCGUCGGCGAAGGCACCCACUUCCUGAUCCCAUGGCUCCAGAAGCCCUACAUCUUCGACAUCAGGACCCGCCCCCACACCUUCUCCUCCAUCUCCGGCACCAAGGAUCUACAGAUGGUCAACCUCACUCUUAGGGUUCUCUCCCGCCCCGAGGUCAGUCGCCUCCCUCAGAUCUUCAAAACCCUGGGGCUCGAGUACGACGAGAAGGUCCUCCCCUCGAUCGGGAACGAGGUUCUCAAGGCGGUGGUGGCGCAGUUCAACGCCGAUCAGCUCCUGACGGAGCGGCCGCACGUGUCGGCGCUGGUGCGGGAGAGCUUGAUCCGCAGGGCUAAGGAUUUCAACAUUGAGCUGGACGACGUGGCCAUCACGCACUUGUCGUACGGGGCGGAGUUCUCACGCGCCGUCGAGCAGAAGCAGGUGGCGCAGCAGGAGGCGGAGCGCUCCAAGUUUGUUGUGGCGAAGGCGGAGCAGGAGAGGAGGGCUGCUAUUAUCAGGGCUCAGGGUGAGAGUGAAUCUGCUAAGCUGAUUUCUGAGGCGACUGCCGCUGCCGGAAGUGACUUGAUUGAACUUAGGAGGAUAGAGGCCAGUAGAGAGAUUGCCGCCACGCUCGCCAAGUCGCCGAAUGUCAACUACCUGCCUAAGGGGAACCAGGUCCUCUUCGGCCUCGGUGGUGGUCGUUGAAUGGUCUCAAGAAGCAGCACAAGCAUGACCGGAUCAUAAAUAGCCAGAAGAGGGGAUAUUUCAAGAAGCUUUUCUGUUUUUGCUUGGAAAUAGUCGGAACCUUCAUAAUGUUAAAAAAAAAAAAAAAACUAAUGGUUUUAGGAAAGCUUCUGGAUGUUGUUUAAAUGGCUAAACAUUCUGCAUGUUUGUUGGUACUUUCACUACUUUGAUUAGAAAUAUUGGAGCUCUUUUGUUAA